AUGGGAGAUAAUGAUAAUUCAUUUAAUCAUUCGACUGCCGAUAGUGAACAACACCCUCAACAUUUAGAAAAUCAAGUUUCGGUACCUGAUGAUAUUCCUCUUCCAGUUCCUCCACUUGCUGAGAUAACAGAAGAAAACCAAGCUUGGAUGAAAGCUCAAGAAGCACUGCGUUCUAUUGGGUCUAAAAAUACCUAUAGUGCGCAGCAAGACGCUUAUGCUUCUGCUUUUCCACGAAAUUAUGGCUGGCCACCCCAAAUGGGAGGAUCAACAAUGUAUUCUACAGGUGUCUACACGUCUCCUUUCGCAGGUGCUACUGGUUUCAAUCCUUACUACCAAUACCAACAAAACAGCCGAUUUCCGGUACAAUCGAGUGCAUCUUAUAGGCCUAUGACUUCAUCUAAUAUUGAUCCAUCAAGUUUGGUACCAGUCCCAGUGAAUGCUCAACCACUUCCGCCGCACAUCGCUUCAGGUUUGCAGCAAAGUCCUCGCCCAUUUAAACCUAUCAGAUUUAUGCUUAAUCCUGGUGGUAUUACUGUCUCCCCAUCAAGGCCGCCUACACCUCAACAAUUUCAAACGCAAAAAUUUCUUGGAUCAACUGGUGUAAAUGCAUAUCCGAAUGAUUUGAAAAAUUAUAUUGAACGUGCUUACCAGGCUAUUGAAGGCAAAGAAGAUCGUGAAAAGCUAGAAGGGUAUUUAAAGUUACGCGUUGAGCCUUUGUUAAAAUCUGGCGCUGUUUAUGCCGUGAAUUGGGCUGCCGAACCCUUACCCCACGAAUUGGGCUUUAAAUUAAAAACUAGUUGGACCCCAAGUUGUACUCUAAAGAAUCAACAGCAAAAACCAGUGCAAUCUACUGGAAGCAAAGCCCCAGAAGGAUCUUGGAGGAAAGAGACUCCGCAGAUUACCCGAAGGUUUAAUUUUCUUAAAUAUACGGGCUCUAUCUCUAUUACAAUAUUUAAUAAAACGUGUUUUCCACUAAAAUGUAACCGAUACAAGUACCUUUUUUCUAGAUUAGACCCUUAUUUUGCCUUGCACCAUUAUGAUUUACGUAAUCAUAUCCAACCUUUCAGUCCUGCUUUGAAUGGACAAACUGUGCAAGUGACUAUGAAUACCAAUGCUGGUUUAUAUGCGCCGCCCGGUUCCGGUACUUCCUUCUUAUCAUCGUCAGUUGCUUCUUUUCAUUCUGUCCCUGUUCAUGAUCACUUACCUUCCCUCUCAAAACGUAGCAGAAGUCGUUCUCCUCUUCGAGACUUUGAUCAACGAAGUAUUCAAAGUGUCCAAACUGUCUCUUCCUCUUCAACUACUACAGUCGAAAUGAAGCCAUUGACUGUAAAGCAAGGACCUCGAGCCGCAGCUUUUGGUGCUCAAAUGGAUUACAAAUGGGAGAACUCUCAGCAACAAAAAUAUCAACAAUUGGAUGAUCCAAAAAAUACAAUGAGCAAAAAAGAAAGAAAAAAGUUGAAAAAACUUCAAAAGUUUCAAGAAAAACAUCAGCGUUUGGAAAUGGAGGCCUCAAAAAAUCAGCCAACAUCUACCUCCAACAACGCUUUUACUUCAUUUACUCCAAUUGAAGUUUCUCCACAAAAGUGGCAGAUUGAUAUGCCAAGUGAACGUAAAAUGGAGCGAGCAAGACGUUUUGCUGCUAGCGACGAUCGGUUUGGGACAAGAGGACCAAAUAGACGACAGCAAAAAAAUUAUUCACCAAUUCCUCAAAACUUAUUUGUUACUUCAAAUGAAAUUUCACAAAGUUUUGUUGGAUUAAAUAUUGUUGGGACAUGUACUGAUAUUGAAAAAUCAUUCUUUCGUUUAACAACUGCACCUGAUCCUAGCCAAGUUAGACCUCCAAAUAUUCUUUUACAUUCAUUGGAAAAUGCAAAGAAAAAAUACAAAGAAACGCGUGAUUAUCGAUAUGCCUCAGAUCAAUUAAAAAGUAUUCGACAAGAUUUAAUGAUUCAAAAUAUUCGGGAUGCAUUUACAGUUAAAGUAUAUGAAACUAAUGCUCGUGUGGCUUUGGAAAAUAAAGAUAGAGAAGAAUUCAACCAAUGCCAAAACCAACUAAAACAAUUAUACAAAUUAGUGCCAAAUUGCCCAAAUUGUUGGGAAUUUACUAGUUAUCGCCUUCUAUACUACAUUUAUAUGAAAGAAACUUUGGAUGUUGCCUAUUUGUUGGAUGAACUUGUCCCAGCAGCAAUUUCUGAUGAAUGUAUGGGAUUUUCACUUAUGAUUUGGGAUGCCUGGUCUAUGGGUAAUUAUAUAAAAUUGUUACGUUUAUAUGCAAAGGCUCCAAAAAUGUCAGGUUAUGUAAUGGAUAUGUUUAUUGAUAGAGAAAGAACUGAAUUUUUGAUCUCAAUAAUUAAAGCGUUUCGCCCUGAUAUCAAACUUUCAUUGUUAAUUAAUUGGUUACAACUGGAAAAUGAGAAGGCUCUAAUUGAAUUUUUGAAACAAAGAGGUAUUGAAGUUGAUGGGAGUGAAGAUGUACUUGAUUGCAGGAAAUAUGCCAAUAUAAAUAUUAAAUUCUAAAAAUAUUUUGUAUAAUAAGGGAUUUUGCUUUUCUUCGAACUGACUUGAGAAAUUUUUUGGGAAUUAGACAAGAAACUCGACUUCUUUUUUUUUCGA